AUUUAAUCGAGUUCAAAAUUUUAAUAAAAUUAGCUUCUUUGAUUCCAGUAACGUUUUAGAAAAUUUGUUAAAACUAUUUACAGUAGAAGAAGAAAUUCAAUGAAUAUAGAAAACAAGCAUUUUUCAAAUUAAUGUUCAAAUAUUAUAAGCGAACAUUUUUUUGGGCCUAUCGUUGCUCAAAUGCAAAUGAAUUUUAAUAUAUUAAUCAAUCAGAAAUAUAUAUAUCACUCAAGCUAAAAUGAAUACGGACAAUUUGAUCAUCAGUCCUUUAGCAAAUACUGAAUUCUUUUCAGUCAUAAACUCUAUAAUUAUACUACGUGGAUUUUUGUUCAACAAUACACAAUGGACAAUAGUAGGCAAAAUUGAUGCAAUACCAAUGAUAAAUGAUCUUUGUGAAUUUUUGGAUAAAAACAAUGAAAAGGAAUAUAAUAUUUUAGCUUUGGGACACAAACUUUUAGAAGAAACGGAUUUUUUUGGAUCCAAAAAAAACGAAAGUUUGAGUUUGAAUUUCGUCAAUGGAAUGUUUGAUCAAAUUAUUGCGAACAUUGUAUUUUCAAAAUUUGGUAAUACAUUUGGAUAUUUGGCAUCUAUAGUGAAUUCAGCAAUUGAUUUAAAAUAUACAUCUAUUAAAGAGGAAAUUUUGAAAAAUCUUCAAAGGCAAAAAUUUCUCAACGAUAAAGGAACAUUUUUUACACUUACUAACAUAACAAUUGCAAGAAUAACAGAUAAAAUAAUUUUUCCUCUCUUUCCUCAUUCAAAAAUGAACAUGGAGAUCAUUCAUUUUGAAUACUUAUAUGCUCAAGCUGGAUGGCUACUGUUACGCAGUGCUAAAAGAAAAAUUCAUAAUACCAGUUUUUCAAAAUUAAUUACCCUAGCACAAAAUGUAGAACAAGGAAUAAUUGAAGGUGAAAUUGAUCCAAGUGCAUUGCAAAUUUUUCAACUUCCUGCAUUGCUGUACUAUACUUAUCAGAAGGAAAAUGGUAUUAAGAGAAAGAAUUUAAAAAGCCUUAUGGUAAGCACAAAUUUUUGGCACCGAGUAUAUAAUCAAUUCUUUACCGAUUUAAAUCUAACAACUGAAAAAAUGAUUACUUUUCAAGAAAGAAAUCCAUCUUAUCAAUUUCAAAUGGCUUUUGCAAAUUUUAAAAAUCGAACUGCCCUUGCGGAUGAAAUUUUGCGAAAAAAUUGCUCGAAUAUAACUGACUAUGAAAGGGAAAUUAAUAUUUAUAAAAAUAAUCCAACGGAUUAUUAUUGUAAUAUGCAAUUACAACCAAACGUUAAUGAAAUAUUUUUUAAACAAAAUAGAAUUAUUGCCGAAAAGUAUUACAACUAUGAAAUGUAUUUAAUCGAUCGGGUGUUUGAUGAAGAUCUAAAAAAUUUUAUUGAUCAAAAGAACGUAACAAUUAAACCGAUUGAAGAUUUUUGGAACAAUCAGUGUUUUAGAUGUGCUAUCCUCUCGGGUAGACCGAUACUAAGUGAUGGAAUAGAUUUAUUUCAAAUUAGCGAUGGAGGAGAGAAGAAAAUGAUAUAUGCAUUAAUUCGUAGUACAAAUGGUAUGAAACUGGUGCCUGCUACAGAUAUGAAUUCGUUUUUACAGAAUGAAAUAGGACUAAAUACUAGGGCGAAAUUGGACGUACCUUUUAUGGCUGAAGAUAUGAAAUCCGCAUCGGAGGAUGAUAAUUUUAAUACAUUUGCAACAUACAUUGCUAAAUAUAGAGAAAAGAAAUUAUUGGCUAAUCUAAAAAGUGCAGGUUACGAGGCUACAACAGUUGAGAAUGUGGCAAAUUUUUUCAAACAUCUGAUUCCGUUUUACUCAUGUGCUGAUGCGAUAAAUGACUCUGAUACUUCAACACACGCAGCUGUUAUGGCCUGUAUAUUCGAUUCUUUAGUAUUCUUACCAGGUCUUGGACUUGGUACAUCCGCUGGUAUGAAAAUUACUUCGGCCACAAUGAAAUCAACAGCAUUAAAAUUAGGAGCACAUAUGGAGGCGUUGACUUUAAAAGAAGCCUUUAAAGCUGUAAUGAAAAUUGGAUUUCGUAUUAUUGCCACUGACAUCAUUGACUCAUUCUCACAAAUAAUCACAAAGGAAUUCAUUCAAAAUUUUGGAAUUACUAUCCUUCGUUCGUUGGAUCCGGGAAUUGAGUUCUCGUACAUGUUAACUAAAGGUGGUGUAAAAACGCUUCUAAAAAAUUGGAACUCGCUUAAAAGUCAAUUUUCCAUUAAAUAUGUACAAAAUCUGAAAAUUGUCACUAAAAUCAAAAUUGGAACUUACAAGGGAUAUGAUGUACAUGUGCAAAGUAUUAACGAAAAAGAUGGUUUUGGAUUGAAAACAAUUGAUUAUCAUGGUAGAAUUGUAGAAUUAAGAAGAAUUCGAGGUUAUACUGAUGAAAUGCCCGUUGUUGUAAUUAGUAACGGAAGAAAACAUAACAAAUACAAAAUAAUAGAUCUAGAAACAGGGAAACUUGGUAAUAUGGAAUGGAAAGAGGGUGAUAAAUGUUUGAUAAGUGAAGUUAAACCCUUAAGAGUUCGUUUGAAAAUUAUUCAAGUUGAAGGUCUCAGUGGUCGUGGUGGUGUAAUGAGAUUAAAGGCUCUUGAAAGGAUAAAAGACGAAAGAAAUUUUGCUGUUCACGAAAUAAAAGAGCCGGCUGAUAAACAAAUUAUUAUUGACUCUUUGGAGCAAUAUGUUUUGGAAAAUCCUACUCAACGAAAUCCUAUCAGCAUUGUAAAAUAUUGGUUAAAAUAUAAAUCAUUACCACCAUGGUGUGAAGAAUAUAAACUAAUUGAUUCAGUUCUUUUUAGAAAUUUAAGAUUUAAAUCCUUUCUUGAAGUAAGUUUAUUAAAACGUGAGGAGGCAAUGAAACGUGUUACGGAUAUUUAUGGACAGCAAUAUAUUAGAGAUGUAAUAAAUGUUGAUGUUGACCAGUUGUAUGAUUUCUAUAUUUCUCAUCAGCUUCACGAUGCAAUUACGUUUGAUGAUCAGUUUGCAUUGGCUAAUUUUAUAACUACUGGAAGAAAUAGAAUACAUUUGGAUGAUUUUGAAGCUUUGAAUAUGAAAAUUGCACUUUAUAAAACAGCAUUAAGACAAUAUGAUAAUCAAAAUAUUAUCAAAAUGACUGAUCACAUUUUUUAUUCAGUUGAACUGAAACAUUAUACUGAGUUUUCUUUACCUUUUGAAUCAAAAAUGUAUGAUUUUGGUCAGAUCACUAUUUUGAAUCGUCAAAUUGAUGAGUUGCUUACAGUUUUUAAAACUACUAAUGAUAAUUCUUUAAUAAAAAUCUUGCAUAAAGUUAAACUUCAUCAUCAUUGUCUAGCUGUAUAUUUGGAAAAAUAUUUACCUCUAAAUUCUCAACAUGUUGUUCUUUUGCCUAAUAUUAAAUUAUCCCUCACUACUUGGAGAUAUAAUAAAAUUAAUGGAAUGAAUAUACUUGUAAUAAAUUGGAAGAGUGUUGAUUUUGAUCAAUCUAAAUGGUUAGCGGACACAACAAAUAAAAUUAAAAGUUUAAUUGAUCGAUCGUAAUUAUUGGAGAUUAUUGUUAAUUAAUUAAUACAAUGUACAUUCAAAUCUAUUUCAAAAGAUCAACGAAAUUA